UUUUAGUUUUAAAAAUUAAUUAUUAUUGAGAGAAAUUUUCGAUGACAUCACAAGAAAGUCUACAAUUUUCGCUAAGCGAACUGUCUAGGGCAGCCUUGGGAGGCAACUCAAUAACCUCCGAACAUUUGCACAUCUUGCAAAACCUAUUCAUGAUUCUCUUGAAGAAAUUAAAUUGUGAAAAUGAAACAGUUCGGAUAACAGGAUUCGAUGGACCUUGUUGUAGGACGAUUCUGGAAAACUCAAACGAUAAUAAAAACCCAUUUAAACUGCGAAUACAAAAUGUCGAAAUUUAUCAAAAAUAUUAUGAUUUGUUGGAGCAACUGGAGAUGCAAACCAAAUCUAUGCAAGACAAAUUGGAGCAGCAUUUUUCGGAAAUACGAAAACGUUGUGCGACAAAUGAGUACAGUUCAAGGUGUUGGGAUUUCUAUGCCUCCCCGACAGAGGAUUUGUGUACGCUGUACAGUGACUAUAACAAAGAGUUUUGUACCAUGGCUCAACAUCCAACAUUCAAUGUUGAAAUACGCAGGCGUAUGACACGACCGGUGUUGCAGCGUAUUUCCAAUAUCGACUCGAGGCUGGAAGUGAUGAGAGACAAAUUGAGAAAAAUCAAUGAUGUUGCGGAUAGGGCAGAGCCUAAAUUGAAGUUGGUUGAGGCAUUGAUCGGUGACAUUGAAUCGAAACGCCAUGAAGUCCAGCAACAAUGGCACUCAACACGCGAGGCAAUGCAGGAGGUGCAAGAAAUGUUGAAUUGCAAAUUGGAUCGUAUGAUUUUGCCGACAAUGAAAAAAGAUUUGGAAAAACGUUUUGCAGCGGUGGAUCAACAUAUUGCCAUGUUGAGGCAGUUGCCAAACAAUUGCUCAGCGCCAGCGCAGGCGAUUGAUGUAAAGAAGGAGAAUAUUUGUAUUUCAUGUAGCCCUUAUAGCGAUCGCAAAUUAAAACCAAAACUUAAUUUAAAAUUCCCUAAUGAGAAAAAGUGCAAAUGUGCAAUAGGUCAUACGGAGCCAACACUUUUGGAGAAAAUGGAUAAAAUUCAGGUUAAGACAUAUAAAUUAAUUGCUGUCCCCGUGACAUCCUCAUUGUUGUCCUACGAUGAAACAACAGCGCACACAAUCACACAAGAGUUGCACGAUGCCGGACACUAUGUGCAUCGAUAUACCAGCUAUAACAAAUAUCGUUUCCAAGACUCAUUCGAUUUGGAUCCUUUGAUAACCGUCGCUACAAAUAAUCGUUUCAAAACAAUGCGGCGCCUGAGGUCAUUUGAUCCCGUAAAGUCACUAAUCUCAUUAUCCGACUUCCAGAGAACAUCACAACAAUUGAAAAUUUCAAAAUUAAAAUCAAAAAAGCCAAAAACAACAACAACGUUUUCAGUUAGUGAGGAUGGAGUGCGAAAAUCAUUGAAAGAAUAUCAUCGGCAGGAAAACGAUAAAGGAAAAUCCAUAUCCAAAAGCUCUGUAAAUUUUUCGUAUGUGGAAUAAAAAAAAUUAAUGGAUUUUAGAUCUGGGUGAUUUGUAAA